GGUGCGUGCGUGUUACGUCACAGCAGUUGGCAGCGGGGCAAGAUGGCGGCGGAGGAGAGCAGGUUGAAGCAUCGGACUCACCAAAACAGUGUCCUAAAACACGGUAACCGCAGCCCCUCACCGCUUCAGAUGCUCCCCACAGACGCAGAGCCACAGGGGGGCUGUCCCGUGCAACUGGUGGUAGCGGACGAGGACGAGCAUUCCUUCUCUCUCCAGGAGGAGGCGCUGGAGAGGCUGUUGCUACGGGAGCCUGUGCAGGACAUGAGUGUGGUGGUGGUGUCUGUGGCUGGAGCCUUCAGAAAGGGAAAGUCUUUCCUUUUGGACUUUAUGCUACGCUACAUGUACAGCCAGAAACAGGGCAGCUGUGGCUCAUGGAUGGGGGGAGAGGAUGAGCCCCUGACUGGCUUCACAUGGAGAGGAGGCUGUGAGAGAGAGACCACCGGGAUCCUGGCCUGGAGCGAGGUGUUCGUGGUGGACAAACCCGACGGAUCACAGGUUGCAGUUCUCCUGAUGGACACACAGGGGGCAUUUGACAGUCAGUCCACUAUUAAAGACUGUGCCACGCUGUUCGCUCUGAGCACCAUGACCAGCUCUGUGAUGGUGUAUAAUCUGUCACAGAACGUUCAAGAAGAUGAUCUGCAGCAUCUACAGCUGUUCACGGAGUACGGGCGCCUGGCCAUGGAGGAGGUUUACGAGAAGCCAUUUCAGAGUCUGAUGUUUCUGAUCCGAGACUGGAGUUAUCCGUAUGAGCAUCCGUACGGGCUGGAAGGCGGCCGCAGCUUCCUCGACAAACGCCUUCAGGUGAAACAGAACCAGCACGAGGAGCUACAAAAUGUGCGUAAACACAUCCACUCGUGCUUCUCCAACAUCGGAUGCUUCCUGCUGCCUCACCCCGGCCUGCGAGUGGCCACGAACCCGCACUUCGACGGGCGACUCAGGGACAUCGAUGGGGACUUUAAGUCUGAGCUAGUGAGACUGGUUCCUCUGCUGCUGUCUCCAGAGAACCUGGUGGAGAAGGAGAUCGGAGGAGAGAAGGUCACCUGCAGAGACCUCCUCCUCUACUUCAAGGCAUACAUGAAGAUCUACCAGGGCGAGGAGCUGCCACACCCCAAGUCCAUGCUGCAGGCCACAGCUGAAGCCAAUAACCUGUCAGCUGUAGCAGGAGCCAAAGAGAUCUACAACAGAAGAAUGGAGCAGAUCUGUGGAGGCGAACGCCCCUACCUAUCGCCAUCGGAGCUGGAGCGCCACCAUGGCGACCUGCGUGAUGUCUGCGUGCGUCACUUUCGCUCGGUGAAGAAAAUGGGCGGAGAUGAGUUCUGCCGGCGCUACCAGACCCAGCUGGAGGCGGAGUUAGAGGACAUGUACUCCGCCUUCUGCAAACACAAUGACGGGAAGAACCUGUUCCACGCCGCACGCACGCCCGCCACGCUCUUCGUGCUCAUGGCGGCCAUGUAUGUGGUCUCCAUGGUGACGGGCUUUGUAGGUGUGUCCUCUGUGGCGGUGCUGUGUAACCUGGUGAUGGGUGCUGCCCUGCUGGCCCUGUGCGUAUGGGCGUACGUCAAGUACUCCGGAGAGUUCAGAGACGUGGGGGCUGGUAUCGACCGAGUGGCAGACUUCCUCUGGGAACAGAUGCUGUGUAAACUGGUGGAGUUAGGCUGGAGUCGUGUGCCGCUGGUGAACCUGAUCCCUCUGCCGCGACCACGACUCGCCACCAACAACAACGUCAAGAAGAAAAACUAGAGUCGCCAUCUUCUCUCACUCCACUUCUCCUCCUCAUCUUCCCCUCCUCCCUCUACCCUCUCCUCUUCCCUUUCUCUCCCUUCUUCUGUUUUCUCCUCUCUCUGUCCCUCUGACUCACUCUUCACUCAUCUCCCUCCUCUCCUCCUCUUCUUCCUCCUCCUCUUCUUGCUUCUUUUCCUCAUUCUUUCACUUCAAACCCAACACAAAAUGUUCAAACCCAGACACUAUCUUCAUGUUUGUCUGACCCACCAAAGUUUACAGCUUUACUCGUCCGUGUCCUGGUCUCCAUUUUGGGGAGUUUCACACUUUUACUCGUCCGUGCCCUGUCCUCCAUUUUGGGGAGUUUCACAGUUUGUUUGUCUGGUUGUCUUUUAUAUUGAAGUCUUGAUGUGUGAAGACGACAGUGUUUGGUUUUACAGGAGCAGUUAAAACCUCAUCAUUUUAGAGAAAUAUUUGUCAUUUAAGUUCCAUGACAUAUGUGGUGAAGUAGCCACAGCUGCCCUGGGGCUUUCUACUGCUACUACUACUAUUACUACUGUUGCUACUACUAUUUCUACUGCUACUACUACUAUUACUACUGUUGCUACUACUAUUUCUACUGCUACUACUACCACUAUUACCACUAUUACUGCUACUGCUAUUACUACUACUAUUGCCACUACUGAUGCUAUGACUACUACAGCUACUUUUAUUACUGCUACUAGUGGGAAUAUAACCUCCAACAUUUGGAUUACUUGAGCCUUGACUUCUGCCACCACUCUCACAUCUUUUCACUUACAGUCACAGUAUGGAACUUUUUUAGCCAAAAAAGAGAAUAAAACACAAGCAGUUUUUUUUUUUUUUUUUUUUUAAUAAUAUUAUUAAUAAUAUUGCACUGAAAAACGUGGCUCAUUGCCGUGAGCGAGCUGGCAUCUCCACAAACCUGACUCUUACUUGGCCUGCAGGAGGGCCUUCUCACCUGUUUCCAUAGAAAUGCUCUUAUAAUAUUCCACAGUAUGGCAUAAAACCUGCCCAUCCGCACGGAGAAUGUUCCGAAGUGUAGUUUUCACUUUGAAUUUCCAUGGAUUAUUUUUUAAAAGUUGCGUACUGUGGCUUUAAGCAAGACACCUAUCGGUGAUUUCUUAAGACAUCAUUUUGACGACAUCAAAUGGCCAAAAUGGUGCACUCGUGCUUGACUGAUUUGUUUUCAACUUUUUUUUUGUUGCAUGUUUAAACUUGAAAAAACUGUGAAAUUCCCCCCAACUGAUUGAUUUCUGGACUGAACCUGGUUUUGUCAUGAAUCCUGCUGAUUUUGAAGCUGUGUUUUGUCCCUGGUGGGCUCCCAUAGACCUCUGUUUUGUCCCUGGCAGGCUCCCGUAGACCUCUGUAUGACUGUAGACUGUGUGGGAGCACUAUUUAUUGCUGUACAGCUGAUUCUUGAUAGUAUUAUGUAAAGGGUGAGUUUUUAUCUGAAGAGCCUGAGCACAUGGGGAUUCCAAACCUCUGAGAUUUUAGCCCUCUGAGUAGUUUUACAAAGAUGAAGCUUUGUCGCGAUAUAGACCAAGGAUUUGUUCAUUUAAAUAGAUUUUUUUCUGAGUUUUAACGCUGAAAUUCCACUUAUAAAAACAUAGGACCAAAGCAUAGCCGUUUUGUUCCAUUGUUGUGUAUAAAUCAUGAACUGUAAAUGCAGAAAUGGUUGAGUUUGUUCAUUACCCAAACACUUCAGUGUGGGGCAACAUCAGGUAAAAUGAAUCGAUCUGAGGGGAAAAAAAUAACUAGAUUCGAGUAGUUUGGCGUAAAGCUGCACCGUGCAACUUUUCUGCCGAGGGGGUCUGCCACCUGCUCGUCUCCUGGAGAUGUUCUCGUUGUGGCGUUACACUUUUCUACCUUGUAUUUAUUGCGUUACAGGUACAUUUGCUGCUCAAAAGAAAACAGAAACGGGCAUUCUUACUGUGCGUGAGAUCACCUCUUCACAGAGCAGACCUGUAACUCUGUGCCGCUUGCUUAAUGCCAUGGCGAAGCAAUAACAUAUCUCCAUGGAGAUGAACAGGAGGAAAACAACAGUCCACGGGAAAAGUUGUGUAAUGUAUCUUUAAAGACAUAUGUAGCCCCAGAGUGAUUGUUUUUCUUGUUUCAAAAUUUCUGUUUCACUUUUGGAAAUGAUGGAGUUGGACUGAACUUGUCUAUCCCCAUGGCAACCCCACUCACAGUAAGAAUGCAUGUUAAUGUUUUUUCAGGUAUUUUUUUUUUUUACAUUAACAGCACCCGUAGCUGAGAAAAGGUAAAUGAAAGAAGUCCAAGUAAGAGAAGUCUAGAUUAUCCACACGUCUGUUGUUUUGACAUUUGCACAUUCUGCCUCUUUUUUUUCCUUUUUUUUUCCCCUUCGGCACCAAAACUCCAGACCAUUCCUCGUUCUCAAUAAUUCCAUCGUUUUCCUGGAUGCUUAAAUCUUGUACAGACAUUUUUACUGCAGUUUCCACGCAGACCACACAGCGGCGCUGCACAUGUACAAACGCUGGUUUUCUAGAGACUUUUGGAGCUUUUGGUUUGGUUCACACGGAAACGUGGAGGACAUUUUGAUUCAUUUGAGAGAGAAUCGUUGUGUAAAUAACAUAAACACUACAGACCACCUCUAUUCGGAUUCUGUUACGUUUUAAUUUUUAAUUUAUUACAAUAAUAAACAGAACAAGUAUGGAUUCA